UGUUUUCAAUACGACCCUAGCUGCUCCCACUCUACGACGCCAUUGUCGAAAGCGUGCCACGAAUGUAGUUUGAGACGACCUAUUAGCUACCCAUUGCCGCCAUAUCUAGUAACAAGUAGCGAGGACAGGAUUAAUCAAAGGUAGCCUUAUGUGGUCACAUAAUCCAGGACUAGCUUCAUUUGUAGUAACGGCGAGCUUUACCAGCCGAGUGAGGAGCCCUGCGCCAGCUGUACACACAGACAUGGCAACCAACUGACGAGACGAUGGUAUACGAGACACCCCGAUCUUCCCGUUCGGAGUCCCCCGUGGCCCCUUAUCCCGGGUUCGACUUUGACGGGAGUCGCCUGUUUCCGUCUCCCAUACCAAGGGUCACCUGGCAGGGAGAGGCAAACGCCAUCAAAAACCGCGGCACCGUAGGGAAGUGGGUGUUCGAUUAUUACGCUGGAAAAUAUGACUCGCCUCGACCGGAACCACGAUGUCCGACCCCGGCAGCUAAAGAAAACCAUGAACAUGGCCGAAACGGAACAGUCGCGCGGCUGUUGAGAGAUUCCAAAACUGCCCGGCCAUCAACUGCUCCCCCAAGGGUUAAAUCCGAGGCGGAACCGAUUGCAAGUCUUAGUCGGGGUAAGCGCAUGAAAGUGAUCGUGCAAAAAUAUGCUCAAUCGGCACCUAGUCCCAGGGUUCCAAGAAUCAAACCGGAAGCGGAAGGGCAUUCCCAAGUUCAUAAAGGAGGACGAAUGGACAGACUUGUUCACAGUUAUGGGUGUAUACCCCAGUCUCCUCGCCCCGUUCCUAGGGUAAAAUCGGAGGCCGAGGAUAUAGCAGACCUCAGCAAGGGAAAGAGAAUGAAAACAAUCGUCCACGCUAAUGGACGACUUCCUGUAACGGCGCGUGAUAAAGCAGUACCGCGGGUUAAACCGGAAGGGGAAGAUAAUGCAGAUUUAGAUCGUGGAAAGCGAAUGGAUAAGAUAGUUCACAGCUACGGACGUGAACCGCCCGGUCGCGCUGUACCAAGGGUUAAACAAGAUGGUGAUCCAAACUACAGGCUAGAUUUGGGUAAGCGCAUGUGCACUUUGUUGCAUGACGUCAAAAAAUACCCGACGUCUCCGUGCCACGCACCACGUGUUCGAACGGCCGAAGCAUCAACCAUCUUACGUAAAAGCCGUGGUCAAAUGGCACAUGUUCUAAGCCAGUCAGGUCAACGUACAUGUAUUCAUAAACCCGGCGUCCAAAGACAAAUAUACGACAGACCAAAUUCAAAUCUCAUGUGAUUGGUCAACAGUGUCAAGUAUUUUUUGUAGAUUGUAAAAUAUCGCUUAUUUAUAUAAAGUUUAACCACGACUACAGAAAGUAAUGUUUUUAUGAAAUGGUUGUGUUCACGUACGGAGAUACUGAUAAUCGGGAUUGGUAAAGUUAGUCUACAGUAUUAGAUCUAAAUCAAACUGGAAAAAAAGUCAUAACGACAUUUCUCAAUUUUGUAUAGAUGUUAGAUAUUGUUCCUGUAUCACAAAUAAUAUUAGCCCAUGUAUCAUCUUACCUAACAGCAAUCGAAACAUCCCAGCAAAAUCCGUCAAGAUCCGGAAUAUAUAUAGAUUCCGUGUCUUGGUGGAAAUAGCCGAUAUGUUGCGAUCCUUGAUAGCCGUAGAUCAUUCCGCUACCCUUCAUGAUGUAGGUACGGAAUCUACCGAGAGUUGACGAGUGAGUCGUAGAUUAAUUGACGACAGAUUUAUGGCAGAUAACUGCUCCCUAACCUAGCCAGUAACGAUACAAUAUUAGAGAAUGAUGUAUUGAUAUCUCGGAACAACUUUAUCAAUUAUAAAAUGACGCUGUUAUGUCGAUAAGUGUUGUGCCAAGUAACUUCACCAGGCAUUUGGCAAACGGCAAUCACAACGGACGGAGGACAAACUAGAGUUGACAAAGGACAUAUUAGACGGAUUUGUGCCUUUUGCAUUUUGUGCUUCAAUGAAAGGCACAUUAAAAGCAUAGUUUCGGUGACUAAAACGUGUCGGAAUCUAUAGUGUCUAUAUAGCUUGAAGAAACGUUUCACGUAUACUUGCUUAUUCCCUUUAAAAAUUCUAAGGGACAGGCGAUACCGCUGUGAUAUACGUAUGUCUACUGGAGUAUUAUACAACAUACAGUCGUGUACUUGUCAAUAUGAUUGGAUUUUCGUAUAUAAUAGUCAGUAUUAGAUGUUAGUAUCUUAAGUAUCGGGAACACCGUAGUCGACAGAUAGAACAACAUUUUCUCGUCGAAGGUAAGCCGUAACGGACCGGUUCAAAUCGUGACGAGGGGGCACAUAUACUCUCGCUCAUCUAUGACGAGCGUAGCUGAGUUGAUACGUACACUGAUUACAAACUCUGUGACAUGAAAUGACACUGAAGUUACACUUUACACCUCAGUGGACAUACACUUCACUGGUCAUUUGUCUGGUAAAGGUGACGCUUCACGGGUUAUUUGUCUGAUUAAGGUGACGCUUCACUGGUCAUUUGUCUGGGGAAGGUGACGCUUCACUGGUCAUUUGUCUGAUUAAGGUGACGCUUCACUGGUCAUUUGUCUAAUGAAUGUGACGCUUCACUGGUCAUUUGUCUAAUGAAUGUGACGCUUCACUGGUCAUUUGUCUGAUGUGGGUGACGCUUCACUGGUCAUUUGUCUGAUGUGGGUGACGCUUCACUGGACAUUGGUCUGAUGUGGGUGACGCUUCACUGGUCAUUUGUCUGAUGUGGGUGACGCUUCACUGGUUAUUUGUCUGAUGAAGGUGACGCUUCACGGGUCAUUUGUCUGGUAAAGGUGACGCUUCACGGGUCAUUUGUCUAAUGAAUGUGACGCUUCACUGGUUAUUUGUCUGAUGAAGGUGACGUUUCACUGGUUAUUUGUCUGAUUAAGGUGACGUUUCACUGGUCAUUUGUCUAAUGAAGGUGACGUUUCACUGGACAUUCUUCUGAUGAAUCCAAUACUGGUUGUGUUGCACGUUCGUACACAUUUUCAUAACAUCUUUGUUCCGUCUAAUUCACAGGGACCUGUCGCGAAUUUCCACCCCAUGGUCCGUAGAUAUGUACCAUAAAUAUGUUUAUGGACAGCGUAGUGAGAAUUCGUGCCAAUUCCCUGUAUGUUUAUUCCAUGAUAUAUGUACCAAGACUCUUUAACACUGAAUCACGGGCGAGGUUUAUUUAUAUAUGAUAUUCUGGUUUUUUUUUAUGGUUUUAACUCCAGACAUAAGUGCUGUCUUUACCAACAUUUUGAUUAAUUUUACUUUCGUUGUGGUGGAAAAAAUUAAGUUCACAAAUAUCUGGAAUGGGGUUUUUGGUCAAGGUUAAAAUAUGUCUGUCUACUUUGUCCUAAUCUUAAUGUAAUUAUUCGGAAUGUGAAUGACCUGAACGAGUUCGUGUUACGGGUCCUCACAGCAAACUUGACAGGCAGACAGUGGCUAUGUGUAUAUUUUGAAUUGAGAGUCUAGGGUUUUAUAUUUUCUAUUUUUAGUUAAUGCCAUUUGUUUAGUUCAUUGUUUUGAAUCUAAAAGAACCUUUUUGAAAUUUUGUAUGCUUAAUAAAUAUGAUAUAUGGUACUCCUAUACUCCUAUACGUCUAGUCAUGUUUAACUUCUAACAUAAUAAGAAUAGAUAUAUUUCUUAAGUCAAGGCCAGCCAAUUGCCCAUUGUAUUUUUGUUUAUUAUUUUUCAUCUUCUGUAGGUUUUCUCCCUUUGUUUACAAGCAGUGUUUCCCAAAUUGUGUAAGCUUUUCUAUGACAUGAUGCUAUUCUUUUUAAGUACCAUUUUAAUUAGACAAUGUCUCAAUUCCAUCUUUGUUUUAAUUCUUGGGCAGGGGACGGGCGUAUAUUGUUACUCUUGUUAUAUAUUAUUAUAAUUUCAGUAUUCAAAAAUCAAAUGUAACAUGAAGUUUCAACUACAUUCAACAUUGAAAGAAUAUUUUACAUUGAGACGUACCAUCCCAAUAGUCAGGUGUUACGUUCGGGACUCCCCGGCUCGUACUGACACGUUUAUACAAUAGUCAGGUGUUACGUUCGGGACUCCCCGGCUCGUACUGACACGUUUAUAGCUGUAUUGUGAUAGUGGCGCGUGAUAGACUAUUAGUGCUUAUAUUGUUAUUAUUAAAUAUUUUGAAAUUCAAUAAACAUUGUGUUUUUAUAUG